CAGAAAUCCGAAAACCCUGAUAUGUUGGACAGAGAGAACCGUAUUAUUUUCCGGUGCUGAAAUAUUGGAUACAGUUUGGAUAAUAACGACUUGUCUAUCUGAAUAUUAGGAUAAUAUUUUUUUUCAUUGAGGAUUGUGCAUAAUUGUCUGUUUAACGAUGGGAGACGGAGGACAAAGGCGCAGAUGGGAGUACUGGUGUGUUGCUCUGUGUUUCUCUUUGCUGCUGUGCUUCGUGGAGCAGGUUUCGGCUCAGAUAAGGUACUCUAUUCCAGAGGAGGUGAAAGAGGGAUCCGUUGUUGGAAAUGUUGCUAAUGAUUUGGGUCUUGACGUCAGUACUUUGUUGGAGAGGCGGUUUCGUAUCGUUUCUGGAUCUAAUGACGCUCUUUUCCAGGUUAAUCAGAACAAUGGCGUAUUGUAUGUUCAUAAGAAUAUCGACAGAGAGGAGCUCUGUGAUGGCACUGGCGCUUGUCUGAUAAACCUGAAAAUCGCUGUUGAAAACCCUUUAGAGAUUCAUUAUGUUGGUGUAGAAAUAACGGAUGUUAAUGAUCACUCGCCCAGUUUUACUGAAAAUGAUCUGCACUUAGAGAUAGCGGAAAAUACCCUUCCUGAUACGCGCUUUGAACUCCAGACCGCACGGGAUGCAGAUGUUGGAUUGAACUCUGUGCGCAUGUACGUAUUAAGUAGUGAUCCUCAUUUCAAGUUGGAAUUAAUUGAUAAUGGAGACGAAGACAAAGUUCCGUUUUUAAUCUUAAGGAAGGCUAUUGAUAGAGAACAAAACACAAACCACUCAUUCAUUUUAACAGCAAUAGAUGGAGCCAAUCCUCCGAGAUCAGGUACACUAAAUAUUAUGGUUACAGUUGUUGAUGUCAAUGACAAUCGACCCGUUUGUGGUAAAGAUAUAUAUUCUGUUACUAUCCAGGAAAAUGCACCUAUUGGAACAACCGUUUUAAACAUAAACGCCACUGACACAGACGAAGGUCAAAAUGGUGAAGUUGAAUAUGCACUUGGUAGAAACAUAAAGCGCAAAGUCCAUGACAUAUUUAAUUUGAACAGUCUUACUGGUGAAAUUCGUGUCAUAGGUCCAGUAGACUUUGAAGAGAAUGAGGUUUACAAAUUAACAGUGCAAGCAUCUGACAACGGACAACCCCCACUAUCAGUCGACUGUAGAGUUGUCAUCAAGAUAACGGAUGUAAACGACAAUAAACCAGAAAUAGAGGUGACGUCACUGUCUAACAUGAUAUCCGAGGACUCAAAGUCUGGAACAGUCAUAUCUCUCAUUAGCGUAACGGAUACAGACUCCGGGAACAACGGCAAAGUCCUAUUAACGAUAUCCGAGGACGUCCCAUUUGAAUUAAAACCAUCAUUUCAGGACAAUGUGUAUUCUGUCGUCACAAUAGGGCGAUUAGAUCGAGAACUCGUCUCCCAUUAUGACAUCACUAUAACAGCCACUGACUGUGGUCAGCCUCCUCUGUCCACAAUCAACACUCUGAACGUCCAGAUAUCAGAUGUGAACGAUAACAGCCCAGAAUUCUCCCAAAACCCUAUUGAGCUGUACUUACUGGAAAAUAACGCCCCUGGUGGGUCCAUAUUCUCUGUAAGCGCCUCUGAUAAAGACUUAAAUGAAAAUGCAGCAAUUUCAUAUCACAUUGUUAGAGGUGAAGGGACACAAAAUGUUAUUGCAUCUUUCCUGAAUAUCAAUUCGGAUAAUGGACAUAUUUCCGCUCUAAAAAGCUUUGACUUUGAAACCUUCAAAACAUUCCAAUUCCAAGUUGUAGCUACAGACUCUGGAACUCCGUCACUAAGCAGCAACGUCACAAUAAACGUGUUCAUUCUGGAUCAGAACGACAACGCUCCAGUGAUCUUGUAUCCAGUCCGCGCUAACGGUUCCGCUAAAGGUGUGGAGGAGAUUCCCCGCAAUGUGAACGCAGGCCAUUUGGUGACUAAAGUGAGAGCCUAUGACGCUGAUAUAGGAUAUAACGGCUGGUUAUUAUUUUCACUGCAGGAAGUUACUGACCACAGUCUCUUUGCUUUGGACCGCUAUACAGGACAGAUAAGGACACUUCGGUCAUUCACAGAGACAGACGAGGCUGAGCAUAAACUGGUCAUACUGGUGAAAGACAAUGGGAACGUUUCACUCUCAGCAACAGCUACUGUGAUUAUCAACGUUGUGGAGCCCAAAGAGGCUUUUGCAGCUUCUGAUGUUAAAAGCGCAGUAAAAGACGAGGAGGAGAACAGCGUUACAUUUUAUUUGAUCAUAACUUUGAUGUCAGUUUCAGCACUUUUUAUCAUCAGUAUCAUCGUGUUGAUUGUAAUGCAGUGCUCCAAAGCCCCAGACGAUUCCUCCAAGUAUUUACAAGAUGUGAAUUACGACGGGACACUGUGCCACAGCAUCCAGUACCGAUCCGGAGACAAACGGUACAUGUUAGUUGGACCCAGAAUGAGUAUAGGAUCUACUAUAGUCCCGGUCAGCAAUGGGAAUACUCUCGUGGUACCUGAUCACAGGAGGAGUGCUUCUGGAGAGGUAAGCGCUGCACAUUUAUAA